AUGAAGGAAUUAAUCUUCCUGAGUCUUUAUCUACUUGUAUCUGCCAGAGGAGCACCACCAGGUCAGCCUGAUGAGCUUCUGAACUCUGUAGACCACCAAGCUUCUGUUCAGCAACUUUCGAGUGAGUACUUCUCACUCGCAAACCCUUCGGAUGUCGAGGCUUUGUAUGAAACUCCUUCAAGUGAGAAAGGUCUGACUGAUCAUAGUUCAAGUGAACAUGAAUCAAGUGAGCAUGCUGCAAGCGAACACGUUUCAGGUGAGCACACUUCAGAAGAACACUCUUCAGAACACAGCACAGGUGAGCAUAUCACAGGAGAGCACAUUACGGGAGAGCACACUUCGGGUGAGCACACUUCAGUAGACCACACUUCAAGCGAUCACACUUCAGGCGAACCUGCAGACCAGUCAAGUGAACAGACUUCAGAAGUGGCUUCCACUGAACAAGUUUCAGGUGAAAAGGCUGAGGAGUCGGGCGAACAGACUUCUGAGGUAACUUCAAGUGACAAAAACGAACAACUUAUAAGUACGCCAUUUCCAAGCACAUCUGCAGGCAUAGCAAUAAAUUGCCACGCAUGUGCUUAUAUGAAUGAUGAUGGAAAAUGUCUUCGUGGUGAAGGAGUAUGCACCACUCAAAAUUCCCAGCAGUGCAUGUUAAAGAAGAUCUUUGAAGGUGGAAAACUCCAGUUCAUGGUUCAAGGGUGUGAGAACAUGUGUCCAUCUAUGAACCUCUUCUCUCAUGGAACAAGAAUGCAAAUUAUGUGCUGUCGGAACGAACCUCUCUGCAACAAGACCUAG